CGGGCGAGGAACGUAGAAGCUGUGGUUGGACCAGCCGCUCCUGGAUGGAGCUGGGGCUUUAAGAAAAACAUCAAAUGUCAUGACUUGUGAUAAAAUGUUACUGACAUCUGUCCUGUUAAGAAAAGGGUGGAGCAUGUAUCACAGGGUUUGUUUGAAAAAGACUGAGAAUAGAUUGUGGGAGAUGUUGCAUGCCUGUAUAGAGUGGAAGACUCUGCCUUUGUAAGCUCUAAACAGGAGGAGGCAUCUCCAUAUACUUUACUUGAUAUCUGCUUGAAUUUUCUGACUGCUGACCUAGAGAAGUUUUGUACAGAAAGGCAAGAUGGAACACUGUGCUUGCAGGAGCCUGGAAUAUUUCCCCAAGAAGUGGCUGAUCGACUGCUGCAGACUAUGGCAUUUCACGGGCUGCUGAAUGAUGGAACUGUGGGCAUCUUCCGAGGCAACCAGAUGCGCUUGAAACGAGCUUGUAUCCGGAAAGCAAAAAUCUCUGCAGUGGCUUUCCGGAAAGCAUUUUGCCAUCACAAGCUGGUAGAACUUGAUGCUACGGGAGUGAAUGCAGAUAUUACAAUCACAGACAUCAUAAGUGGACUUGGCAGCAAUAAAUGGAUCCAACAAAACCUUCAGUGCCUUGUGCUGAACUCAUUAACUCUCUCCUUGGAAGACCCAUAUGAAAGAUGCUUCAGUCAGUUGUCUGGUCUUCGUGCUUUGAGCAUUACCAAUGUUCUGUUCUACAAUGAAGACUUAGCAGAUGUUGCAUCACUUCCAAGGUUAGAAAGUCUAGAUAUAUCCAAUACCUCUGUCACUGACAUAACUGCACUCCUCACCUGCAAGGAUCAACUUAAGUCUCUGACCAUGCACCACCUGAAAUGCUUGAAAAUGACGACCACACAGAUUUUGGAUGUUCUAAGAGAACUAAAAUAUCUGAAUCAUCUUGAUAUUUCAGAUGACAAACAAUUCACAUCAGAUAUAGCACUUCGUUUACUAGAACAGAAAGAUAUCCUACCUAACCUUGUGUCUUUGGACAUUUCUGGAAGAAAGCAUGUUACAGAUGAAGCUGUAGAAGCAUUUAUUCAGCAACGGCCAACAAUGCAGUUUGUGGGACUGCUAGCUACUGAUGCUGGCUACUCAGAAUUCCUUACAGGAGAAGGAAACUUAAAGGUGUCUGGAGAAGCAAAUGAAACUCAAAUUUCUGAAGCACUGAAGCGGUACAGUGAGCGGGCAUUCUUUGUGAGGGAAGCACUCUUUCAUCUAUUCAGCCUUACACACAUUAUGGAAAAAACAAAGCCUGAAAUUUUAAAGCUUGUGGUUAUUGGAAUGCGAAAUCACCCUCUGAACUUGCCUGUGCAGUUAGCAGCAAGUGCAUGUGUGUUUAACUUAACCAAGCAAGAUUUAGCAGCAGGCAUGCCUGUUCGACUACUGGCUGGUGUCACUCACUUACUCCUUAAGGCCAUGGAACAUUUUCCAAACCAUCAACAGCUGCAGAAGAACUGCCUUCUUUCACUGUGCAGUGACAGGAUCCUUCAGGAUGUUCCAUUUAACAGGUUUGAAGCAGCUAAGCUUGUUAUGCAGUGGCUGUGUAACCAUGAAGAUCAAAAUAUGCAGAGGAUGGCAGUGGCUAUAAUCUCCAUUCUAGCUGCAAAGCUUUCAACUGAGCAAACAGCUCAACUUGGUGCAGAGCUCUUCAUUGUUAGGCAACUUCUACAAAUAGUUAAGCAGAAAACAAAUCAGAAUCUAGUGGAUACUACACUCAAGUUUACACUGAGUGCGCUUUGGAAUCUCACUGAUGAAUCUCCAACCACAUGUAGGCACUUUAUUGAAAAUCAAGGGCUAGAACUCUUCAUGAGAGUCUUAGAGUCCUUCCCAUCUGAGUCAUCUAUCCAACAGAAAGUUCUUGGCCUUCUGAACAAUAUAGCAGAAGUGAAAGAGCUACAUUCUGAGCUAAUGUGGAAGGACUUCAUAGACCACAUCAGUAAACUAUUGCACAGUGUUGAGGUAGAAGUCAGUUACUUUGCAGCUGGGAUUAUUGCUCAUUUGAUAUCUCGAGGAGAGCAGGCCUGGACAUUGAGUCACACUCAGAGGACAUCUCUUCUUGAACAACUGCACUCAGCCAUUUUGAAUUGGCCAACGCCAGAGUGUGAGAUGGUUGCCUACAGGUCUUUCAACCCUUUUUUCCCCCUACUUGGUUGCUUCAUGACACCUGGGGUUCAGCUGUGGGCUGUGUGGGCCAUGCAGCAUGUCUGCAGCAAAAACCCUGCCAGGUAUUGCAACAUGUUAAUUGAAGAAGGUGGAUUGCAGCACUUAUACAACAUCAAGGAAAAUGGCCAAACUGAUCCAGAUGUCCAGCGAAUUGCAAUUGCCAUUCUAGAUAGCUUAGAAAAACAUAUUGUACGUCAUGGGAGACCGCCUCCAUGUAAAAAGCAGCCACAAGCCAAGCCUAACCAAACUGAAAGCUGAAGGUAUAAGUGUGUAAACCAUCCUCUCUGUAAUAAUCCUUUAUCACACGUGUAGUUGGAGUGACUUGUACUACAGUGGUCACCAGUGAAGUUAUUUGCUAACAAUUGUGGUACUGGAUACCACUUGUGGUAACUCUUGGGCAAAUGUCUACUUCAAUGACAACUUCUAAGGGGAUCUAUGAUCAAUGCUUGAUCUAGUCAUACCUAUGGGAUUACUGAUGACUACAGCAAGGUGGGACUUGAAUAGUUUGGAAUGCACAUCCAAAAACAAACCUCUAGGAAUAUCUUGUUUUGUGACUUAAUUGUGGGACAGAAAGCUUGUUUCAUCCAUGUCAUUGUUGAAUAUAGAACUGUUUACCAACUCAGUGUUUCAAUAGAACUGUCUGCAAGAGUGGUGAAUCUCACAAUCACAGCUUUAAACAAAAAUUCACGCAUGCACACAUUAAAAACACUGUACCAUUUGUAACUAAGGUAACCAGAAUGUCCCAUUGUUUAUGGGCCCUCCAUAAGCCCAACUGAGUCUUCAAAACACCUCGUCUUGGGACCUGCAACCUCUGUCCUUUGUCUCUCCAGCACUAGACUGUUGUCUUUUCCAGCUGUUGGCUUCCCUUGACUCAUCUAUGCUGCCUCAGCACGGUUAGGAUCAGCACUGCUUGGGUGCAAAUGGGAAACACUGAAUUGGCUGCUCUGGAGGAAAGCAGUAUAGGUACAGGUGGAAGUGGGGGCAGGGGAAAGCUUGAAAUACUAAAAGGAUAAACUGAGUUUGAGGUUCAAAACUUAAAACUAAGUUGUUGUUUUUUUUAAAAGAAGUGGUAGGAGAAGGAGGGAGCUCCACAUCAGAGCUCAAAAUGUUAGUUGAAGUAGAGUAGCCCUUCCCAUCACAUGGAGGUGCAUGUCUUGAUGGGAGAACCAAGAUAUUUGGUCAUCUUUUUAUAACCGAUUAUUGAUUGCCUUGCCAUUUCUUGUACAUAUUUUGUCAGUAUUGUGCAGUGAUUUGUAUUCCCAAUGCAUUACACUACAAAAUAUCACCCAACAUCAUAUAUAAGGUCCUUUGUAAAUUGCAUUGGUGUGCAGAGUGUGAAAUUUUACAUAAAGCUGUCAAUGGUAAAAACGUAUUUCUUCCUGUUGUUUGAGUUUAAAAGAGGUGUUGAAUGAAAUGGAGAUUCCACGCAUACAGAUGCUUGAUUAAAUACAAGUGAUGGAAGCAAGCUACAACGUGAGCUCAAAUUCCCUUUAUUUCAAAGCAUUGUUUAUUAAUUCUUCUUGUACUGUCAAAUGGCUGUCUUCACAUCUCCCUGCCAAACAAUGGAACAGGAUUCUACUGUUGUUGAACUUUACUGGCAUUUUAGUUCCAAUUCCUGAAGUGAAAAUCACUGUACCGUUUACCUUAUGGGAAGGGACGGCUGACACAACACCACUUUACUUCACUAUAAUAGAGUUAACACACCACCUACAAUCUGGAAUAGUUUCAUUACAGUGUGUGUGUUAGAAACAUUAACAGACUGCUUUAGUAAUGUUACCAUUACCACAUUGCAUAAUGCUUUGUUUUGUACAAAGGUAUCAUCUGGGUAGCUUCAUUCCUCUACAUACACCUGAAUGUAUGUAGUUUCCUUGACCCAAAAAGAAGUGAAAAUUGUCAGAAAUAUAAAAUUAUGGGACUUAUUUUUUAAAAAAGUUCCAAAGAAUUGUGUUUUAUGGGCAGUUACUUUUACCUUUUAGACUAGAGAAGUCUUGACUUCUGCUGUGAAAAGUCCAUUGCAGGAAAUGGAACACACAAUCUACCAAUAUCAGAGUUUAUGGAAACUUCAUAUCACUUGGUACUGAGAGGUUUUUAAAUGAACAUAUUAACCAUCUGGAAUGCUGUUUUCCCCCCAGUAAGAUGGCUAUUCUAAACACAUUAGAUUAAACUAUACAAAGUCUAUAACGGUAUAUGACCCAAAAUGGAAACUGGGGCACCAGUCUGGCUAGCUAGGACACCACUUCAUGAGAUUAUGGAACAAGGAUAAUGCAGCCACACAGACCUGUCACUAAUGCACUCUUUCAUGAUCUUUAACAUAGCCCAUUCCAGGCUACUCUUCAGAAGUCACUGAUGGUAUAUUGAUUGUGGAGAUGACUACAACACUAAGAUGUCUAUUUCACUUGUGAUAUUUGCCAUAUUAUGAAUGAAUAAUCGGUUAAUGCCUCUACUCUAACUUAAAUGUUUCUGUAAAUGUAUGAACUGGUGAGGUUACCUUGAUUGAAAUUAAAUGAGAUGAUUUACAAUUAAGUAGUUCAAGCAAUCUAAAGAAUAGUGAAACUGAAUUUUUUGCCCAAAGACUGAUUGUUCCUGAGGAAGUGUCUCCUUAUUCCAGUAUAGAUGUUUUAUCAGUUUAUAAACUACAUUCAUAAAACAAAACAAAAACAUGUUUACCAAAAAAUACAUUCCUUCUAAUAGAGGAACCAGUUCUGGUUUAGCUGACAGCAUUCAGCUGUUUUAAGUACCCUUUAUUAGAAGCUAAAGGACAAAUCAUUAGCUUGUCUGCCUAUCUAAUAGGAUUUCAUAAUAUUCUGAAACUGCUGUGAUGGGAAGGUGAUAGUUAUACUUAGCAUUUAUCCCUAAUGCCUUCUCUAACGUGAGAUGACGCUUUCUAACUGUUUUAAAAAAGGUUUUGAAAGUUAUAUAACUUAAAUAUUCUGCUGUACAUGUUUUAAAUGAAAUGAUACAGCUCAUGCUAUACAUUUACCUUGUUUAGUCUGUGAAACUCCUGGUCCAAAUUCUGCCUGGAGUUCACAUCACUGGUGAGUCAAAACUUAUUUUCUGUCACUAUUGUGUGAGAGGUUUUUUUGUUGGUUUGUUUUUUUCUUUUUGAAAUGUCCAAGUUUAAGUUGAAGAGUAGAAUGCAAAGAACUGUGUUUUAAAAACCAUCUUUUCCCAUAGCUAUGAUGAUUUCCAUGGCUUUUCCUUUGCUAUCAGUAUUUCAGCUGGGCUCCUGCUAUGUGACAGUUCUGGGCUGUUAGGAUGGUAUACAAACAGAGGUAACCUUUUAAUUGCACAGCUUUCUCCCUAAAAGCUUUCUGAACAAUUUCAGAAUGUUACCCCAGCAACGCUUACCAACUACUGUAAUUUUCAAGAUAAAAUGUACUUAAACAGGAAAACUGUUCCAUGUGGGAAUGGUGUCAGAUCUGUCUUCAUUCAGAGUUGAGUCGUAUAGGAAAACUUCCUUUAAUAUUCAUUGAAUGAAUGAUGUACAUUUAGUCUUGUGUCUUUAUAUGAUGCUAUUCAUUCCUUCUUAAGCAUUCUUAAAUUAUUGGAUCAAAGUUAGGCAAUGAGAAAUGAUUGUCAAAAAGAGGGAGACCACUCAACUUCUUCACAAAUAACCUGUUACAAAGCCUUUCUGUUUAGUUUUUUGGCACCUUUUUGCAAAGCAAAUAUAUUGUUGCCAUAUAGCACAAUCUGACUAAAUGACAGUGCACUAAAUCCAUUGAUGGAUUGAUAACAAAAAAACAAACCAUAGGGAUCAGCAGCUCAGAUGGUUAUUGUAUGAGAAUUAAUUUGUGGAAAAUUGAGUUCUUAUUCAAAUUAUGAACAAAGGUGAUUAUUUUUAUUGGCAAAAUCUGGCAUUUGUGUUAGCAGGUGGCUUAUGGUAAUAGACAAAGUAAUAGAGCAACAGGUCCUUAUGCCACAAUGGUGUGAAUUUCUGAAGAAAGGGGGACAUAAAUGCAACAUGCAUUCUGUUGGACAGUGAAAAGAGUAGGACAACACUACUUACUUGUACAAAAGCUUAGGCAAGAUUUACCAAGAAACUAUAAUUGCUUCCCUACGUGUACUACAACCUUUUAAACAGAAAAUAGUUUUUUUUUAAACUACAUGCUAAGUGUCAAAUAUCGUCCGCCUUUCUUCUGUUUACACUGUGAUACAGCAACAUAGUUCUGUAAAAUGUGACAAAUUGUUCAGUAAUUGUAAUGGUUGUGUUUUUAAGGUACUUUCAAUUAUCCAGACACAAAACACUAUUUCCCCACAGGGUCCAGAUGAGUGGGGCAUGUUGCAUAUGGAUUGUAACACAAAUUUCUAGCCAGUGCUUUAUUUGAGUGUUAAUGUUAUAUGUUAACUAUAGGCUUUGCCUAAAUAAAUGUGUAUGUACACUUUUUUUCUUUUAGAAUAAUGAAUAUGUUCCAUGCUGUUUGACAGAAAUGAGAGAGGCUGCAUUGAGCCAAAACGAGUCCGUACAAAAUGGACUAUAUAUCUGUUUAAAGGUGUAUUAUUAUUUACUAGUAAAAUGAUAAACAAGUUGCCACCAUCUAUGAAUGUAGCAGAACGCUUAUUUCCCUUUGAUAGUGUGACUGUCUUAAAAUGAAAAACAAAGUGCAUUACAAUCUUACGUUACGAUGUGAGUCAACAACUUUUUUGUUUCCAUUAACAGAGUAAUAAUCUCUGUCAAAUCUUUGGACUAGACCAGAAAUGUGCUACCUGACCCAUUUCCUUCCAUAGGGGGAAUUUUAGCUAAUGUUUCUCUUGCUUUUGUAGAGCUUUUGUGAUUUUUUUUUCUGAUUUUACUAAAUUUGAUUCUUCGGGAAAAUGGUUCUAGACAAGUAAAACUUUCUGUAAAAGUUCUUUCCAUGUUUUCUUAUGAACAUUGAAGUACACCUCUACCCCGAUAUAACGCUGUCCUCGGGAGCCAAAAAAUCUUACCACAUUAUAGGUGAAACCGCCUUAUAUCAAACUUGCUUUGAUCCACCGGAGCAUGCAGCCCUGCCCCCCCAGAUCUCUGCUUUACCGCGUUAUAUCCGAAUUCGUGUUAUAUCGGGUCACGUUAUAUCGGGGUAGAGGUGUAUCUAAACUGGAGAUUGCUCAGUUUCCAACCUUUUAAAAAUGAUUAAAGCAGAAAUGAAAAAAACA